AUGUCUAAUAAUUUCAGAAGCUUUGUUAAAGACAUGGUAGGUUAUCUUUAUAUCCAAAUUUUAACUAGAGCAUUUUUACUAUAGGAGACAGACUUUCCAAGCAUUGAUAAGUUCAAGAAGGACUAUGUACGACAAAUGAACUAACGCUACGUAAAUGAAAGUAAAAAGGAUCGAUAGAGGAAUUAGUUACGCUAAAAUUAGAGUGAUAUAUCUUUCAACAAUUAGAAUUCAUCAUUCGUAGAUGAUGGCAAGAAACAAGAAAAGUAAAGUUAAUUGCCAUUUUAACAAUAGAUUCAUAGAUUUUUUUAAGAAUUAAUAGAAAAAAAUGAAAGGUAAAAGAAGAUGAUCAAGGAAAGAGAAGAGUAAAAAAAUCAAAUAACUUUAACUUAAUAGAGAGAGCUAGAUAAACGAAUAAUCAUCAAAGCCCAGUAAAAGCUUAAAAACUACGAACUCAGACACUCCCUGAAAUUACCAUCGAUUUAUAAUCAACAGACUCAAUCUAGCAAGGAUGACUAUCAAAAUAACACAUUUAUAAAUUAAACUCAAGUUGAGACCUAAAUUUCUCCUCUUAGCAAUAGGAAUAAUGCUAUUUUCAAAACUGCUGAGUUUCAGAAUAAUAAAAAACUAAACAAGGAUGUGAUAUAACUAACAAUGAGACCUCGUAACUUCAAGAGACCUAGGAUGCUUGUCAAUUAAUCUGUUUUUCAAAUGAAUAGUGCAGAUGGGGGUCUUUCACCAAGCAAUUAGAGAAAUAUGAAGACAUCUCCAAAUGGAGCUUAGAGGUAUAGUAUUUAUAUCAAGAGAAAUAUGGCAAAUUCAAAUUAGGAGAAAUCACUUCUAGAUUUAUCAGUUAAGGAGGUACUAAAGUUAAUAUAAAAUUACCUAUUAUAGGUGAUUCAAGAAAUUGAUGUUUCAUUAAGAACGGGUCAUCCUGUGAAAUUCAAAGAUUUUGGACUACAAAAUUCAGCAAUAGUAUAGCUUUUAGAUCUUGAGAAGAAAGAAAUCAAAGCAAAGAAAAAGGAUUUCAUGAAAGACAUUGAUAUCUCUAAGAGAUUCUUAGAGCGAAGAGUAGUGGAAAAAAAUAAAUAAGAUCAAAUAUUUGAUAGACUUGAUAGAAGUUUAAGCAUCGAUAAGACAACCACAAUCGAUAGAAGUAUUUAGAAGAUGCCUGUAAGCAGCAAUAUACACUUAACUAAACUAUAGACAUAAAUGAUCCGAGAAGCUAAAGAGGAUUUGAUGUUCCCAACAGAGAUAGAUCAUGAUCAAGUGAUUAUAGAAAAAGAUGAAGACUACUAUGACAGCAACUUUAUUUCUAUUAACAAAGAAGACAUAAAUCACAGUGAAGAGGAUUAUUAACUUUAGCCUCUUAUCAAGAAACUUAUAUAGUCAACUAAAAGAAAAGGAGAGUUUCAAAACAUUGAAGAAAGAAUUCUCUACAACUAUUAAAAUGGCAUCGGAAUCCAUAAUAUACAUACUAAAACUGGUAAGAAGAUACCACCCUCGGUUAUUUUAAAUAAAGGCUUUGCCUGA